CAUUCAGAAAGUAUUGCGAUUAUCAUUCAACUCAGCAAGAUGAAAACCGUUGCCCUCGUUUUCUUGUGCUUCUGCUCUGCUUUUGCCGACGUGAGCGAGCUGCUGAACAAGCCGGAGCUGCUGGCUGAACCAAUUAAACUUGACGCCACACUACCGGAAGAGACUCCGGGUCAGGAUCCGAAAUGUGGAGAAGCUUUGGUUGAAGAACCGGAACCUGCUUCCCCUGUAGUGCUACUAAACCAAGCUGUUGAAGUUGUCGAAGCUGUGGAAGCUCUCCCGUUAGCUCUGGUUGAAACCGAUUCCGUUCAACUGACCGCAUCCCACCCAGACUACCAGGCUCCCUAUGAGUACCAAACGCCAAAGAUUCAACUGGACUACGUAGCUCCCGCAGAACCAGAAGUUGUUACGGAAGAUGUCGUCGUGGUGGAGCUGCCAAGUGUGAAGGAAGAACAACCUCUGCCAGUUCAGAAUGAAUAUCUUCCCCCGCUUUCGGUGACUGAGAAUUUGGUUAAACGACAUGCCAAGUUCGGUCGUAAAAGUCAAUUCUAAGAUGAAGCAGGUUGUGUGAGUGAUUGA